CCUGAUCACAGCACGACCUUGAGGCAGACCGACACCAGAUGUUGAGAAGGUGCACCAAACAUAGCGACUCUUGAAAUGGCGAGUUCGUGGAAUAAAUUCCUUCUCGCCUUCAUUGCAGUAGCUAAGCCCAGCCAUGGACACCUGCAUGAUUUGUUGUCUUUCUGGGUCGGCAGUUCACACACAUCUCAACUCGACUCAUCCCCAGCAGCACAAAUCACACCACCUCCACCACCACCGGUCCAAGAUCUACGACGGCGACAACAAGAUUCCAACGCACAAAUCACCGUCGUCGACGGCCCUUAUACAAUGAUUGAUCAAGUCGGGUCGUUGUGCGGGUACAUAACCCAAGACGUCCAUGCUCCAAUAUACUGUGACCAAGGACUGUUUUGUUUCACCACCGACAAAUUCUUACAAUGUUGUUCCAGCACCGUCGACAGCACCACCACGACAAAUUACGUCUACACCAUGGUCACCACGGACCGAGACGUCGGCGGCACCUCGACGUCACUAUCGACGGACGAAGACCCGUCGCCGUUGACGUCGACGUACGGCACCUCGUGUGCCGCCCCGACCACGACGUGCUACCAUUACAACCACACGGCGAGCGCGACCGCCGGCGCCUUGGUUUGCACAAACUCCAACUUCCCCUACUGUGCCUCUCUCUACGCCGCCACCGAUGACGGCGAGGAUGAAGCCACAGGCGUCGUCUCAAAGACCGGCGUGACCUAUCGUUGCGACACGGCCGAGUACGGUCUCGAGUACUACGCCGGCGGUUACUCGCCGUCCGUAACGAGCACUUUUACGCCCCAAGUCACCAGCUCCGGUGUCCCCUUUACCCCUUCCGUCGUCCCUUACAGCAGGACGCAAGCGUCGAGACCGGGGUCGUCAUCGGCGGUGGAGGCGAGGGAGACAGCCACGAGCGUUCCAUCAUCGGUUUCGGCGUCGGCGGGAUUGUCCAUGUUCAGAGACGUGCCACGUUCAAUCAUCUGGACGAUUUCGUUUUGGCUGGUCAUGGCGUCUCUAAACGUCCUUUUGUACCUGUUGUAUGAAUAUCUCUACGCGGAGAAGGCGGAUUGA